UUUCACUUUCUCUGAGUCUUUGCACAAGAUACACCUUUCUUGGCUAAUACACAGGAACUAAAACUUCAUGAAGCGCCACGCUUUAAUAAGCGCCGUCUUUUGUCUGUUGGUCCAGAAGGUUGAUUGGGACCAAAGGAAGACGGUAAAUAUAGUCACAGAGAAAAACAAUGUGAUUCAAUCAGAGCUCCCAUGUGUUCCUACAAUUGCCUUUGUUGGCUAUGAUGUUGUCCUGCCCUGCCACCUUUCACCUGACAGAAGCGAUGGUGCCAUGGAGAUCCGGUGGUUUAGACACCAGUACUCUGAAUACAUUUAUCAGUACAAGGCUGGAAAUGAGAGAGAUGGCAGGGGGUACGAGGGCAGGGUGAGCCUGUUUACUCAGGAGCUUGAGAGAGGCAACAUGUCCCUACUGCUUAGAGACAUCAGGGUGACAGAUGAAGGGGUUUAUAAGUGUCAUGUGAGCACUGAUGACUGGUCUCAGGAACACACCAUCGAGCUGAAAGUCAAGGAAAAUCCUGCCUCUACAUUGGUGGUCCCUUCUAGUCAACUUCUACUCACUUCCAUUGGCAGUGAUGUCAUCCUUCCCUGUCACCUCUCACCUGAAACAAGUGCUGUUGCCAUGGAGAUCCGGUGGCUUAGAGAUCAAUACCAGGAGUUCAUGUACUUGUACAAGGCUGGUAACGUGCAGAAGGGAAGGGGGUACGAGAACAGGGUGACUUUGUUCCCCCAGGAACUGCUGAGAGGCAACGUGUCCCUGCUGCUCAGAGACAUCAGGCUCACCGAUGGAGGGGAGUACAGGUGUCAUGUUAGCUAUGACAACUGGUUUCAGGAACUUUCCGUCCAGCUAAAAGUCAGACGAGUUAAUUCUACUAAUUUUGAUUUACAAAUGCAUUUCUUUGUACCAUUAUGGAUGUGCGUGAAAAAACAUUUUUCAUCAGUUUGUACAUGGGUUCUGAUGUACUCAGCUCCUAUUCUUGUCUACAUUUGCUCGAAGGCACUGGAUAUAAAACUGUUCAUCCUGGGGGUCAUUUGCUGUAGUGGAGCUGUGCUGUACAGCAAGUUUGACUUCAUCUCACAUCUGUUGAGUUUGUGGCAUCAUUCAGGAAAAAUCCCUUGGGAUGAGAUGAUGAUUGAGCUUCAGGGUUCACUACCACAGUACACUGGUUCUCCCCUAGAGAUUUGCUGGAUCUGUGUUGAGACGUUUCUCCUCUUCAUGGUCGUUUUGCGUUGGACAUGUUCACGGUGGAAAAAACUGAGAAAUGAGAAGAGGCAACAAGAAGGACAAGUUAACCAGAGGGAAGUAAAAAUUGAAACUGAAGAGGAAAAAGAGAUGGUUAAAAUAAAGAGCGAAAAGGAGGAACUGGGAAAAGAAAAAGAAGAAAUUAAGUGGGAAAAUGGGAGAUUGGGAAAAGAAAGAGAAGAAAUUAAGAAGCAAAAGGAGCAAGAAGUGGGAAAAGAGAGAGAGAAAAUAAAGAAGGAAAAGGAGGAAGUAGGAAAAAAGGAAGAAAGGAGAAGGAAAAAUGAGGAAUUGGGAAAACAGUGGCAUAAGGAAGAACGGGCCAGAAACCAGGAUGAUAUGAACUCCAAAAUACUAUUUACAGCGGAUGUAAUCCUGGAUAAAGACACAGCUCACCGCAAACUGAAGAUCUCACAUGAUGGUAAAGAAGUGCAGUGGAUAGAGGAAGGAGUACAGACUGAGUCUAAGGAGGGCAACAGGUUUGAUACAGAGCCCUUUGUACUGGGAACUGCGGUUCGCUCCUGGAGGAGCUACUGGGAGGUGUGUGUGGAGGGAAAGGAGGACUGGAUACUGGGUGUAGCCUUGGAUUCAGUCGGUAGGAAGGGGCAGCUUGCAAUGAGCCCCAGCAAAGGAUUCUGGGUAAUCAGGCUCUCAAAUGGGAGAAGUCUGAAGGCCCUGGGUGAGAAGGUGGAAGUUCUCACUGACAUCAAACCCCCAAGCAAAGUGGGAAUCUAUCUGGACUGUAAGGAGAAGCAGGUCUCCUUCUACAGUGUAGAUGGAGAGAAUCUUUCACAUAUUUACACUUUCACUGAUGGGCCUGGUUGUGAAAAAGCUCCUCGUCCCAUUUUCUCUCCCUGGAAUAAUGAUGCUGAAAAACUGAGGAUUUUAUCCAUCACUCUCUGACAUUUUUUUAUGCAAUGUUUGUUCUGCAUUUGUCCGCUGACUCUGUGUCCUCAGGUGAUGUGGUUGUAGAUCUGAAUGGAUUUUAUCCAUUACUUUCCGCCAUUUUUUUUUACUGCAGUAUCUAAUCUAAUCUGCAUUUGAUAAUUGUCUUCAGAUGAUGUGACUGUACAGCUUAAUGCUGAGGACCACAAAUCUUGUGACUGCAGGUGGGAAAUCUGUUUCACCUUGUGAGAGUAUAACUGUCAAACACAAAUGAAAUAAGUUGUCUGGAAUCGUAUGUUAUCCUGCCUAAGAAGGUUAGGAUGUCUUUGGCAUCCAAACUAUUCGGUUGGUACUAAGACACCUCAUGUGAGACAAGAAAACACUCAUCACACUGCUACUCCACCACCGCAAGCCUAUAUCAAUAACUUGUUCAAAUGCUGUUAUAUUUUGUCAACAGAAACCACAAUCUGUCAAACCAAGUGACAUCUUUCUGCUCUUCCAUCAUCUGAUUUUGGGUAUUACAUUUCUA